CCCCUCUCCUCCCCUCACUACCGAAUUCGUUGCCUUCCACUUCAAGUUCUCCAAACCACAGCGAGCGCAAGCCGAAUCCCAGUUCGAAGUCCUCGACAAGGAGAAGGAGAGAUUGAUGGCGCGUACGAAGCAGACCGCCCGGAAGUCCACCGGCGGCAAGGCGCCCCGCAAGCAGCUGGCCACCAAGGCGGCGAGGAAGUCGGCGCCGACCACGGGCGGCGUGAAGAAGCCCCACCGCUACAGGCCCGGCACCGUGGCGCUGCGCGAGAUCCGCAAGUACCAGAAGAGCACGGAGCUGCUCAUCCGCAAGCUGCCGUUCCAGCGCCUGGUGCGGGAGAUCGCGCAGGACUUCAAGACGGACCUCAGGUUCCAGAGCCACGCCGUGCUGGCCCUCCAGGAGGCCGCCGAGGCGUACCUCGUCGGGCUCUUUGAGGACACCAACCUCUGCGCCAUCCACGCCAAGCGCGUCACCAUCAUGCCCAAGGACAUCCAGCUCGCCCGCCGCAUUCGCGGGGAGCGCGCAUAGAUCAAGCGUCUGCCUACUCGACUUAGGCCUUGUACAAUGGGAGGUGUUUAGAGAGAUGCUUAGAAAAAUAAAUCGGGUUUUUCUGAAGCACCGGUACCUAUUUCUAUAGAAAUAGAAAAAUAAAUCGAGUUUUUUUGAAGCACCGGUGCCUAUUUCUACAGGAAGGGUCUUUCCUGUACAAAUAAGCAUCGGCACUUAAGAAAAGCCUCGUUUAUUUCUCGAAACACCUCCCAUUGUACAAUGCCUUAGCAACUUCCGUAGCCGGGUUGCAGCAAUGUAGAGCUGUCCGUUCGUCGCCUCUGGUUUCAGAUCGUGUUAGCAAUAGGCAAGAGGCGACUUUUAUUUUGUUGUAGAAAAAGGUUACAGCAAUGUAGAGCUGUCCGUUCGUCGCCUCUGGUUUCAGAUCGUGUUAGCAAUAGGCAAGAGGCGACUUUUAUUUUGUUGUAGAAAAAACUCUGGUUGGCUACAUAGUUACAAUGACUCAUUUCCUAUUUCGUCUAUAUGGUUGGUUUGUGAUAAAAAUGCAAACAAAUGUCUCAUUGUUUCCGAGUAA